AAAACAAAGAGGUCAAAAUUGAAGCAAACAGACUGGAUCAUAUAUUCCUACAUUUCCCAUAAUACAUCCAAUAGCUUCUUCUUGUUAGACUAUUCCUAGCUUUCAAACUUGAAUAAAUGUGUUGUCACCUGAGUAACUUUCUUAGACCUGACAAAGCUCCUUCCAGAGCCACAGAAGACAUUAUAUAACCAUUCUCACAAGCAGUACUAGUACUAUUAAACUGAUCUUCACGUGUAAAAUCAGUGGAGUGGCCCUUUAAAAUGAGCUCAAACAGAAAAACGUUUGUUGUCUCAUUUAGCCAGAGUGGACUUCGAGAGAAAGCAGAGAUUGUUUCACUCUGAUAAGAAGCUGCAUAUCUUAUGAAACUAUUACAAAACAAACAAAGAAAAUGUCUGAAAGAGCAGACGCGACCGCAGUGAAAGCUCUCACGGCUUUUGUUGAAGAAGGAAAAGCUCUGCUGGACCUCGCCGAGAAGGAGAGCAGGGAAGGCUCUCUCCAGGAAUUCAUCAGGCAGAAAAUCCGCAUAGAGCAAACACAGUCACUGCUGGGUCUGAUUGAAGCUGCUGCAGCUUUGUACAGAAGUUUGUCUGUUAAAAGGAAAAAUGAUGCAGAGGACCUCUGGAGAAAAAACACUCACUGUGCUGCUUUACGGGACGCCGUGCAGGACUUUCAGCAACUAGAAGUGCAGUGGGAUGCCUUUCUGCAGCGUCUGGAUGAUGAGUUACAACUGAGUGCUGAAAUACUGGACAAGGACUAUCAGUCAAAAUGUAUUUCACCAGAUACAUCUCUCAUCGAUGCCAGAACAGGAGAAACACUAAUAUUAGAGAAAUAUCUUGGGAAAGGUAAAAAGAUCCUGCUGGUGUUAAUCCGUCAGUUCUCCUGUCUACUCUGCCGUCUCCACCUUAAAGAUCUGGAGAAGAAUCAGAGGUCUUUUGAUGCACACUCAAUUGAAGUGGUGGUGGUUUCAUUUGGCUGUCAGGAGGGAGCUUCACACUGGCUGCAGCAGACUAGCUGUCAGUUCGACAUGCUGUUGGACCCUGAGAGAAAGAUGUACACUGCGUUCGGCCUGGGAGCGUCUCUGAAGAAAGUACUGAACUUCAGUAACAUGCUGCUCUAUGCUGAAUACGUGGUGGACAACAUGGAGUUUCCAAGAGGGCUUCCAUCGAUUCAAGACGACAUGUUUCAGCUGGGAGGAGACUUUCUUUUGGACGAACAUGGGAGGGUGCUGUUCUCUCACUGCUGUCAGAGUCCCAUAGACAGACCCUCAGCGGAGGACAUUUUAUCUGCACAGUGAACUCCUUCAUGCACCACACAGGUUUUCAGUUGAUGAACUUCUUGUACCAGAUUAGAAUAAGAGUGAUUGCUAUAGGCUAAGCUGUAAACGGAUAAAUAUUGUGGCAUAUCAAAAGGUUUUAACUUGUUGAUAACAAAUAUAUGAUAUGAUGAAUACAUCCAAUGAAAUGUUACUGCGUUAAUAACCAAGCUCACUUUGUAAUACAAAUCGAAUUAAAAACAUGAACAUAGACCAGUGUGGUAUAAAAUAUAAGCAUCAAGCGUC